UUUUGCUGUCCAGGAUAUGGUAUAAGAAUUAAUGUACAUUCUCAUUACAGAUGUACUGUAGGGAACCAACCAAUUUCAGGAGGACCGUAAACAGGUUUGUACUGGUAAAUGUAGGUCAAUUCACGGUUGUAUGUGCAACUGCAUUGCCCCGUCGUUUAUUUAGAGCGGUAAGUAAGCUUAGUCAGAGCCAAGAAGUUGAUUUCAGCGUUUUUGUUUCACGCUACACUGACGUGAGAAGUAGCAGGGUGAAGACCUACAACGUCACGGGUACACGCUGGCAUAUGAAGAUGGCCCCCUUUCGGCAGAUUGUACGUUGGCUAACGGGACAUUGCGAGAGUUUCGGCCGACCAUGUAAAGCGGGAAAUACACGAGAUCUGAGAAAACAUACACGGAUGUUUUCAAACACUCCCCGCCUGUACCAGAAGUUUGGCCAGACAUCGUCAAAAUCUCGCCAACAUUCGGUUGGUGUGAUCGGCGCAGGCAGAAUUGCUUCAAGUGUCCACAUACCGAAUAUUCUAAACAAUCACCGGCUACAGCUGCGCUGGAUUGUGGAGAACAACCCGGAAGCGAUAAAGCCUUUACAGGACAAGUUGUACCUCGAUAUCCCAUUCUAUACCUCAGAUCAUACAAAAUCUCUCCUGGAUGACCCAAGCCUCUCAGCUGUGUUUAUCUUCACCCCAACACCGACUCACUAUGAUAUCAUCUUGUCUUCUCUUCACAAAGGUAAAGCCGUGUUUACGGAGAAACCGACGGCGGAGAAACUGACGGAGAUCUCCACACUUUACGACACAGCGGCGAGGCUAGAGCUCCCCUUGCUGACCGGAUAUAUGAGACGUUUUGAUGCAGCGUUUCAAGACAUCUACGACAUGUUAGUACAAGGUCAGUUAGGGAAACUUCACAUUUGCAAGGUCACAUCACGGGACUCGCCCAAACCGUCAUAUGAACUCCUGAGAACUAUGGAUCGAACGGGAUGUAACAUACUGAGUGACAUGGCUGUGCACGACUUUGAUUUCAUGUCCUGGAUCAUGCAAGGCACAGCUCCUGAAUCCAUCUAUGUCGUCACGCAUGCGCACGACCCCAUCAUGGCGGAAAUAGGUCAGCCUGACGUCAGCAGCGUCAUCAUGAAGUACCCGGAUGGUUCGGUUGCCAUUCUGGACUCCAGUCGGGAAUCUUGUUAUGGUUACGACAACAGAGUUGAGCUGUUCGGAUCUCAUGGUAUGGCCACACUGGAGAACCCUCGGCAGAGUUUCGCCACCAAGAACUUUGACAUCGGCGCCCUGCAAAAGCCCCUGAUGCAUUCUUUCCCUCAGAGAUACCGAGAAGCCUACCAGAAUGAAAUUGAUCAUUUUGUUGAUUGCAUGGAAGGUAAGGCAUCUCCACGUGUCACAAAAGAGGACUGCGUUUUGACCGGACUGAUGGUGGAGGCAGCAGUGGAAUCUUACAAACAAAACCAAGCCAUCAACUUCCCGGAAUUUCUAUCAAACAGAGCAACAUUGAUAUCUCGUCAUCAGGUGGCGUAA